AAUCACUCCAGCACAGUUUGAAACUUUAGUUAGAAAACCAUUGCCCAUGUGUGAGGAUGGGCUCCAAAUCUUAUCUCCUUGGCGCUGUUAACCCACGUAAGGGAUUAACGGGCAUGGAGUGUUGCAGCACCACCAUCCAUUUGUAGCCGGAUCCCCCAUCAAUCCACCAUCUCCUCCGUUUCUCCAGCUCUAGCAUUAGAACCAACAAGCACAACUCCUCUGCCACAGCAAGAAAACACACCCCUCCUCCUCGUCCAAGCCAUGGAGGCCGCCAUGAUCCCCUUGAUCAAGAAGCUCGGCGGCCUACUAAUUGAUGAGUACAAGCUGGAGAAACGUGUGAGCAAACGCGUCAAGUCUCUGAUCACAGAGUUGGAGAUGAUGCACGCCGUUCUACGCAAGAUCGGCACCAAGCCGCCGGAGCAGUUCGACGAGCAGGUCCUCAUCUGGGCGGGCAAAGUGAGGGACCUCUCCUACCACAUGGAGGACGCCGUCGACAGUUUCAUCGUGCGCGUGGUGGAGGACGGGCAUGACCACGGAUCCACCAACAUGAAGAACAAAGUCAAGAAGUUCCUCAAAAAGACCACCAAACUGUUUACCAAAGGUAAGGCUCUUCAUCAGAUCUCCGGUGACAUUGAAGAAGCUCAACGGCUCGCCAAGGAGUUGGGCGACCUGCGCCAAAGGUAUAUGAUUGACGUGCAAGCCAAGGGUAAUGGUGAUGCCAUUGACCCUCGUCUGAAGGCGGUGUACAAAGAUGUCACGGAGCUCGUUGGGAUAGAUCACCUCAGAGAUGAGCUGAUCAAAAAGUUGUGUGAUUGUGAUGAAAGGUCGAAGGACCAAUUAAGGACCAUGUCUAUUGUUGGAUUUGGCGGGUUGGGCAAGACAACUCUCGCCAAAGCAGUGUAUGACAAAAUCAAAGUUCAGUUUGACAGUGUAGCUUUUGUUUCUGUGUCUCGGAAUCCUGACAUGGCCAAGAUUUUCAAGAAGGUCUUAUAUGAACUUGACAAGAGCAAGUAUGCAACCAUCAACGAAGCUGCUAGGGACCAUGAACAACUCAUCGAUGAAUUGAGGAAGUUUCUUCACGAUAAGAGGUACCUUAUUGUAAUUGAUGAUAUGUGGGAUGAAGAAACAUGGGAACUUAUCAAGUGUGCUUUCGCCGACAACUGUCUUGGUAGUCUAGUAAUGAUUACAACCCGCAUAGGCAGUAUCUCUAAUGCAUGUUGCUCUUCUGCUGAUGAUAUAAUAUAUCAGAUGAAACCUCUUACUGAUGAUGACUCCAAAAGACUCUUCUACAAAAGAAUAUUUCCUCAAGGAAGUAAGUGUCCAGCUGAAUUGGAGCCAGUAUCUAGAGAAAUCUUAAAGAAAUGUGGUGGAGUACCACUAGCCAUCAUUACAAUUGCUAGUAUGUUAGCAAGCUAUGGUCCAGAUCAACAGAUAAAGCCAAAGUAUCACUGGGACAACAUACUUGGCUCUAUUGGUCGUGGACUUGCAGAAGGUGGUAGUGCGAAGGAGAUGCAGAGAAUAUUGUCCAUUAGUUAUUACGAUUUACCUUCUCAUUUGAAGACUUGUUUAUUAUAUCUCAGUGUAUUUCCAGAGGAUUUUGAGAUAAGGAGAGACCGGUUGAUAUGGAUGUGGAUAGCCGAAGGGUUUGUGCAAGGUGGAAAACAAGAAACUAGACUAUUUGAGCUCGGAGAGAGUUACUUCAAUGAGCUCACAAAUAGAAACUUGAUUCAACCAAUACAUGUUGACGCUGCAGGCAGGGCGAGAGGUUGUCGCGUGCAUGAUAUGGUGCUUGAUCUAUUAUGUUCCCUGUCCAGUGAACAAAACUUUGCUACAAUAUUAGAUGGUACACAGCAAAGUAAACCUAUUUCACACAGGAAGAGUCACAGAUUAUCUUUUCAAAAUAGCAUGUCAGAGCCCACCACCAAUUUGGUCGAUGCCAAAAGUAUGCCAAAAGUUAGGUCUAUUGUUCUCUUCAGAACAUAUAUUGAUCUAAUCCAGACUAUUUCAUGCUUUCAAGUAUUACGUGUAUUGGAUUUAGAAGGUUGUGAACUUGGGAGAAAUCACCACCAUAUUGAUCUCAGUUAUAUUGAGAAUUUAUUACACCUAAGGUAUCUAGGGCUAAGAAACACUUUUGUUCGUGAGCUUCCUGUGGAAAUAGGAAAGCUACAGUUUUUGGAGACACUGGACUUAGCAGGAAAUGGAUCAAGUGUAGAACCGAUUCCGUCAAGUGUUGUCCGUCUAAGGCGUUUGAUAUUCCUAAAUCCAGGCAAUGCGGAGUUACCAGUUGGCAUCGGGAGCAUGACGUCCUUAGAAGAGCUGACUGGAAAAUUGGUGGAUGUGAAAGAGCUAGGGCAACUGGUCGAGCUGAGAGUAUUACACCUUAUUUGGAAUGGGAAGGAUGAGAGCGUGUGUAAUUCUUUGGUGGUGUCCCUGGGCAAUUUGCGGAAAAUGCAGAAUCUAAAAAUUCACAAUCUAAGUCCUGCAAGCUUUGAUGUUUCCUGGGAUAGUUGGGUGCCCAACCCACAGCUUCAAUACCUUUGGUUUAAAGGAUGGACCACAACAUUGCCGAGGUGGGUUAAUUCAUCAUCGUUUCCCCUCCUCUCCUCCAUGCAUGUUUCAGUGGACAGAGUGCGACCAGAAGUCGACAUUCAAAUCCUCGGCAAGCUUCCCGCUCUUUGUUUUCUCUGGCUUUGGGUCAACAAAUCUCAGCACACUUGUGUCGAAACAUUCGUCAUUGGCGCUAAUGCAUUCCCAUGUCUAAGAGUGUGCCAGUUCUGGCAUUUUCUCACGGGGCCAUCUAUGUUUCCACGAGGAGCUAUGCCAAUGCUUGAAUUCCUGCAGUUCGAAGCCCGAGCGUCAGAUAUUGUCAGAGGUGACCUGGAUGUCGGCAUGGGACACCUCCCUUCCCUUCGGCAUGUGACGGUUGAGCUUUGGCUUGAGAAAGACAACUCUUCAGUUAAGUGCAAGGAGGAAGCGGAUGCUGUGCUGAGGCAUGCAGCGCACACCCAUCCCAACCGUCCAACCCUUCAUAUCGUUGAAGAUCAUACUUAUAGCUAUAAAUGACGAUAACGAUGUCGCGCCAGUGAAGCUCCGGUUGCUGUUUGGUUUCUUCUACCAAGUGGGGCGGACUUGAAGACCUCUUUUAUCUUGACGUCCUAGAGCUGUUCUGGAGGUUUUCGGUGUGUUGAAUAUAGAAAAUAUGGAACCUAUAAUAUCUUUGUAUUGAUCAGACCCUCGUAGAGGUAUAUAUAGAGUAUAAUAUGGGGUGAGACUUGGAGUACAAGACAAGACGUAGUUUGCUUUACAAUCCUAUCUCUAUCUUCUUAUCUCUACACAAUUAUACUUCUAACAUACUCGCUCAGUCGUAGCGGUAGUGAAGCGGAUGAUUAUGACUUGAA